ACUAAAAGAUUCCAAUUUAAUGAUUGAAGAUCAAUCCUAUAAAAUGAGUCCCAAAGCAAAGAGAGCAAAACAGAAUUUGGUAUCUGAGGACAAAGAGAAUGAAGCCAUAGACUACUCAGUGCCCAUAUUCACAGGACGAGAAGUGAGUGUCAGUGGGAUCACAGACACGGAAGAAGAAAGAAUCAAAGAAAGUGCUGCAUACGUUGCCAAGAGGAAUCUUUUCGCCACAGGUGAAGGAGUUAGGGUCAGCAAAGUGGCCAAGAAAACUUCCGAAGAGGAACAUCAUGAAAAAAAAUCAAGGAAAGUAGCAAUCCGGGAGUCUGCUGAACGUGUCGCUCUGAAGAAAACGCUAGAAGAUACUCAGGCAUUCCACAAAAAAUUGAAUCAAGAUAAACUUUUACAUACUCCUGAGUUUGUUAUCGAGCCUCGUUCUCACACUGUCUGGGAAAAGCAAAAUGUCAAAUUUCAUUGUUCAGUUGCUGGCUGGCCAGCACCCCGUGUUACAUGGUAUAAAAACAAUGUGCCCAUCAAUGUACAGACUCAUCCUGGGAAGUAUAAAAUUGAGAGUCGAUAUGGGCUGCACUCGCUGGAGAUUAGCACAUGUGAUUUUGAUGACACUGCUCAGUAUCGGGCCUCUGCUAUGAAUGUUAAAGGAGAAAUUUCAGCUUAUGCUUCCCUUGUGGUAAAGAGGUACAAAGGAGAAAUCGAUGCAAGUCUUUUGCAUGCUGGAACUGUUUCCAUGCCUGUGGGCUUUGGCGUUACCCCUCAUGGCUAUGCUUCCAGGUUUGAAAUCAGCUUUGUUGACAAGUUUGAUGUAGCCUUUGGGAGAGAAGGCGAGACAAUUAGCCUGGGCUGCACAGUUGUCAUCAGUCCUGAUAUCAAGCGCUUCAAACCAGACAUUGAAUGGUACAGAAAUGGUGUUCUUAUUACACCAUCCAAAUGGGUCCAGAUGCACUGGAGCGGGGAGCGAGCUUCAUUGACACUGACGCAUGCAAACAAGGAAGAUGAAGGUCUUUACACUCUACGAGUGGUGAUGGGAGACUACUAUGAAGAGUACAGUAGCUAUGUCUUUGUUCGAGAUGCUGAUGCUGAAAUCCCUGGAGCCCCUGGCGCACCACUGGAUGUGCAGUGCUUAGAUGCCAACAAAGAUUAUGUCAUUGUCUCCUGGAAGCAGCCCGCUGUUGAUGGAGGAAACCCCAUCCUCGGGUACUUCAUUGACAGGUGUGAGGUUGGCACCGCCCACUGGACCCAGUGCAAUGAGACUCCCGUGAAGUUUGCUCGUUUUCCUGUCACUGGUCUGAUCGAAGGCCGUUCCUACAUUUUCCGAGUCCGAGCUGUGAACAAAGCUGGCAUUAGCCUACCAUCCCGAGUGUCAGAGCCCGUGGCUGCUCUGGAUCCUGCUGACAGAGCCAGGCUUAGAAGUCACCCUUCUGCUCCCUGGACUGGACAGAUUAUUGUCACUGAGGAAGAACCUGCAGAGGGUGUUGUUCCAGGUCCACCUACAGAUCUCCAAGUUAUUGAAGCCACCAAGACCUACGUUGUGCUUAGCUGGAAACCACCUGGACAGCGGGGCCAUGAGGGUAUCAUGUACUUUGUGGAAAAGUGCAUUGCUGGCACAGAGGACUGGCAAAGGGUAAACACUGAGAUCCCUGUGAAGUCUCCUCGUUUUGCAGUUUUUGAUUUGGCUGAAGGCAAAUCCUACUGCUUCCGAGUUCGCUGUUGCAAUUCAGCUGGCAUUGGUGAACCUUCGGAAGCAACUGAAGCCACUGUGGUGGACGACAAACUCGAUAUUCCCAAAGCUCCUGGGCGUAUUAUGCCAACUAGGAAUACAGAUACCUCAGUUGUUGUCACUUGGACAGAGCCCCCAGAUGCCAAGGAGCUGGUUGGGUACUACAUUGAGUCAAGUGUAGUUGGAUCUGGUCGUUGGGAACCAUGCAACAACAAUCCAGUGAAAGGCACAAGAUUCAUUUGUCAUGGGCUUGUCAAUGGUGAGAAGUACAUUUUCAGAGUCAGAGCUGUUAAUGCAGCGGGACUCAGUGAAUUUUCACAGGAUUCAGAGCCUAUAGAAGUGCAAGCAGCCAUUGGGGGAGGAUUGCUUCAUGCUGCUCCCUCUCCACCUUAUGACAUCAUGGUACUUGAGAGUGUUCGUGACUCGAUGGCAUUAGGAUGGAAACAACCUAAAGUUAUUGGUGGAACUGAAAUCACCGGCUACUACGUGAACUACCGUGAAGUGGUUGAUGGAGUUCCUGGGAAAUGGAUGGAGGCCAACAUAAAGGCCAUAAGUGAGAGGGCAUACAGGAUUCAUAACCUGAAGGAAAACAUGGUGUACCAGUUCCAGGUGGCUGCUGCUAACCUGGCUGGGGUUGGGACACCCUCCCUGCCCAGCCAGCCCUUCAAAUGUGAAGAAUGGACCAUUGCCGUGCCUGGGCCACCCCAUGAUGUCACAUGCACAGAAGUUAGGAAGGACUCUUUAGUUUUACUGUGGAAGGAACCAGUUUAUACUGGUCGUAGUCCCAUAGCUGGUUAUUAUGUUGAUAUGAAGGAAACUGAAGCAAAGGAGGAACGUUGGAGAAGUGUCAAUGAGAAACCACUUCAGAAGAAAUUUUUGAAGGUAAAUAGCUGA